AUGGCGGCCGUGUCGGUGUUCCCGUCCCCAGCCGAGCUCGGCGCGGCCCUGGCGCGCUCGGUGGCGGAGGCGGCGGCCGAGGCGGUGGCGAGCGGCGGCCGCUUCACGCUGGGGCUGUCCGGGGGCUCGCUGGUGGCGCUGCUGGCGCGGGAGCUGCCGGCGGCGCUGAGGGCGGCGCCCGGCGCGGAGCCCUCGCGGUGGCUGCUGGCGUUCUGCGACGAGCGCCUGGUGCCGCCCGAGCACCCCGACAGCACCGGCGGCGCCUACCGGUCCCAGCUGCUGUCCCAGUUUGCCCCCCCCGGCCCCCGCGUGCUCUGGGUCAGCUCCGGGCUGGGCCCGGCCGAGGCCGCCCGGGACUACGAGGAGCAGCUGAGGAGGGAGUUCCCGGGCGAGGCCACGCCCCGCUUUGACCUGCUGCUGCUGGGGGUGGGGCCGGACGGGCACACCUGCUCGCUGUUCCCGGGCCACGCCCUGCUCCAGGAGCAGAAUUCCCUGAUUUCCUUCCUGGAGGACUCUCCCAAGCCGCCGCCCCGGCGGGUGACGAUGACGCUGCCGCUGCUCAACGCGGCCCGGGCCCUGCUCGUGGUGGCCACCGGCGCCUCCAAAGCCCCCGUGAUCAAGCGCAUUUUGGAGGAGCCGCGGGAGGAGGCGCCGUCGCUGCCGGCCGCUCGGCUCCGGCCGCGCUCGGGGCGGCUCCGCUGGCUCCUGGACCGGGAGGCGGCCGAGGAGCUGCGCCUGCCCCGGGAGGAGUGUCCCUGAAACGGGAAUUCCAAUGGAAAAGUGUCCCUGAAACGGGAAUUCCAUGGAAAAGUGUCCCUGAAACGGGAAUUCCAUGGAAAAGUGUCCCUGAAACGGGAAUUCCAUGGGAAAUGGGAAAAGUGGCUCGAAAAAUGGGUAAAUCACCUGGAAAUUGAGAAAUUCCAUGCGAAAAUGUCCCCAAAAUGGAGAAAUUCCCUGGAAAAAUGACCCUAAAAUGGAGAAAUUUGAUCAAAAAAUGACCCUAAAAUGGAGAAGUUUCCUGGAAAAAUGUCCCUAAAAUGGAGAAAUUCCCUGGAAAAAUGUCCCUAAAAUGGAGAAAUUCCAUGGAAAAAUGACCCUAAAAUGGAGAAAUUCCACGGGAAAAUGUCCCUAAAAUGGAGAAAUUCCACGGGAAAA